CAACAAUUCAGAAUAAACCCUGAAAAGUGGUAGCAAGUUUGGAAGAAACUUUGUGCCUUAUUUUCAUCAGAUUAAUGCACUAAUUUUCAAGUAUUUCCUAAUAAAAAUGUCAUUUCGUGAUUUACGAAACUUCACGGAGAUGCUGAGAGUCCUUGGAUAUCCUAGGUUAGUGUCCUUAUCCAAUUUCCGGUCGCCAAAUUUUCCCCUGGUUGCAGAAAUUCUCGUUUGGUUGGUAAAAAGAUUCGAUCCAGACUCCAAUAUUUCAAGCGACUACGCCACCGAACAGGAUCGUGUGAUUUUAAUUCGUCAAGUGGCAGAAUUCAUGGCAAUAACAGCAAAUAUAAAACUGAAUACAAAGAAACUUUACCAAGCCGAUGGAUAUGCGGUGCAGGAGCUACUCAAGGUGACACAACUCUUGUACGAGGCCCAAUUGAAAAGUUCGGAAACUUCUACACGUACAGAAACAUUUCACGAUUUGAAAUUCGACAUUUCGGAUAAAAUAAAUGAAUUAAAGACCACGAGACAAUUGGCAAGUGAACUCACAACAAAUGGUGCAACAUUGUUCGAUCUACUCGGGCGGGAAGCUGAGCUCCGUGAAAUUCGUAAUUCGAAGGUUUCCCGGCAGUUCGAUACAUCUGAAAUAGAGAUGGCGCUUAAAGAAACAAUUGAUAAUACAAAAAAAGAAAUAGAAGACACUAGAAAACAAAUAAACAAUGUCAAGGAAACGGAACAAAAUUUGGAUGCUAAAAUUGAAAGGAGACGAACUGAACUCGAUAGAAAUCAAAAGAGAUUGCAAACAUUAAAAAAAGUUAAACCAGCUUUUAUGGGAGAAUUCGAAAGACUUGAAGUUGAAUUGAAAAGUCUUUAUGAAGAUUAUCUUCAGAAAUUUCGCUACCUGGCUUAUUUGGAACACCUCCAGGAAGACACAACAAAAGUAGAACAAGAAAGAUUCGAAAGAAGACAAGCUGCGACUAAAAAACAAUUGGAACAAUUAAGAGCCGAGGACGUGAGUUUUGAAACUCUUCUCGAGGGAAAUGAUUCUAUUUUCACUAAUAAUCUUCAGGAUCCCUUGGCCCUGGGAGAAAUGGAGAAACGUGUACCUGAAAAUACUGCAAGAGAAACUGGAAGGGCUUCAAAAAUGCGAAUCCAACAUCGCAGAAUUUACGGAAGUAUGUCAGGAAGACAACGUGGAGUUGUUCUUGAAGCAAAUGAAAGUGACAGUGAUAGUGAUUUAUACAUUGAUGGAGAUCUAGAUGAUGAAGAUGAUGAUGACAAUGAUGACGAUGAUAUUCUUCUAAAUUCCGUUCAUCCAACGGGAAUCACAGAGUUUGAUCUGAAACCAAAUCAAGAGAAACGUGCUGUCAGCAAAAUUGAUCAUUCUGAUGAAGAUUUUUAAACAAUAAAUCAAAUAGUUUUAAUUACAUACCAUAUAAUUAAUUUUUGAAAAUUUAGAUUAAUUUACCAAAAAAAAAAGAGUGACGUGUGCAAUAAUUU